GCAGCGGCAAAAGGAGGAGCAUUUUGUCUGAGGUAUAAUUGGGCACCGGUUGGAGAUAGGAGUCCUUUUUCCUUAGGUAAUUUUCUGGAACAGAUGGUUCUUUUAGGGAAAUGGUGAACGAAAUGGUGGGAGCCUGAUCCCAUGGGUGGGAUUCCUCCCAUGAAAUCCAGAUUUGUUUUUUCCUUUAAGAAUCUGUCAUAUUUAUUUCUUUUGUGUUUUGUUGUUGAAGUCUCUUUCUUUAGGUUUUGAUGUUAGAUUUGUGUAUCCUACAGCAGCCUACACCCUCCUCUCUGCGCCGCCCCUCUUCUGCAACCAAAUCUCUUUGCGCUGCCCCUCUUCUGCAACCGAAUCCUGCACCCUACGUUGCAGCCAACUGAGCAUGAUGGUAGACCAGCGUCCUUUAGGGUUUCCUUUGAUUUUUGUAUAAAUAGGAGAAGAUUGGGGAAUUGAGGGGGUUCGGAUUUUUCUCCUUCUGUGGUUCCUCUUCUUCUUGUCACUAAAAAGAGAGAAGCAGAGGAUAGAAAUCCGAAAAAAGGAGAAGGUCUUUGUUGUGUGGUUCUAGUGUUGACGGCGGAGGGGUCUCCUUUUGUUUUUCUGGUGUUGCCGGCUGAGAAAAGGAAAAGUUUUUCUGUUGAAAGUGGCUCGGUUUUUGUACCGGAGGUUGACAGAGGGCUUAUUUGCUGUGUUUGCUUUUGUGUAGGUAAUUUUUUUGAACAGAGAAGUUUUUCUGGGAAUGGUGGUGAAGGGGACGAUGGGAGCCUAGUCCCGUGGGUGGGAUCCCUCCUAUCAGAUCUGGAUCUAUUUUUCCCAGAAAACUUUGCCGUGAGUGUUGAUCUGUUUGUUGAUUUUUCUUUGUAUUUUUCAUCUAAUGUUUAAGGUUAUAUGUAUUUUCUUGAGAAAAGGAAUGAAAGAUUAUAUAUUUG